AUGAAGCGGCGCAAUGCGGACUGCAGCAAACUCCGACGGCCGGUAAAACGGAAUCGAAUCACCGAGGGUAUAUACGGCAGUACUUUCCUGUAUCUGAAGUUCCUGGUGGUGUGGGCAUUAGUGCUGCUGGCCGACUUUGUUUUGGAGUUCAGGUUUGAGUACCUCUGGCCGUUCUGGCUCUUCCUCCGGAGUGUGUACGACUCUUUUAGAUACCAGGGGCUGGCCUUCUCAGUAUUCUUUGUGUUUGUGGCGCUUUCUUCGGACUUCAUUUGCCUCCUCUUCAUCCCAGUGCAAUGGUUGUUCUUUGCCGCCAGCACUUAUGUAUGGGUGCAGUAUGUCUGGCACACAGAGAGGGGAGUCUGUCUACCCACUGUGUCAUUAUGGAUCCUCUUCGUGUACAUAGAGGCAGCCAUCAGAUUCAAAGACCUGAAGAACUUCCAUGUAGAUUUGUGUCGCCCAUUUGCUGCACACUGCAUUGGCUAUCCAGUUGUGACGCUGGGCUUUGGGUUUAAGAGCUAUGUGAGCUAUAAGAUGCGCCUCCGGAAACAGAAGGAGGUGCAGAAGGAGAAUGAGUUUUACAUGCAGCUCCUUCAGCAGGCUCUGCCUCCAGAGCAACAGAUGCUCCAAAGGCAAGAACGAGACACAGAAGAAGCAAAUGCUAAAGGAAUAUCUGAAGUGGACACACCCCCAGUUUCACAGAAUGGCGCCCCUGCCAAUAAAAAGAACUCGGCACCUUUACCAGAGUUAGAGUAUAGAGAAAAAGGGAAAGACGGAAAAGGUGGUGGGGACGCUAAAAAGCAGCACAACAGCAAUAGCAUCCUGCCAUCAUCAGUGGACUCUAAACUCCAAGAGAUGGAGUACAUGGAGAACCAUGUAAACAGCAAGAGAACUGAACUCGGCAGCACAGAAAACUUGUUGCUUAAAGAGGACAAUAAUUCCUCCUGCUCAUCCUCAUCAUCUUCCUCCUCCAAAAAUUACAAAAACAGCAAUGCCACAAUGCUCAACUCCUCUCCCCGUGGCCACAGUGCCACCAAUGGCAGUGUGCCCUCCUCUACGCCAUCCUCCUCCUCCACAGGAAAGAAUGAGAAGAAGCACAAGUUAGCAGUGGGAAAGGGGACUUCAAGUGGCUCCAACAGAGACCCUACAGACAACUGUAUUCCCAACAAUCAGCUGAGCAAGCCAGAAGCACUUGUUAGAUUGGAGCAGGACGUUAAGAAGUUGAAGGCAGAUCUGCAGGCAAGCCGGCAGGUGGAACAGGACCUGCGCAGCCAGAUUGGCUCUCUUGGCAGUGCUGAGCGGUCAAUACGCACUGAGCUGGGUCAACUCCGCCAGGAGAACGAGCUGCUGCAGAACAAGCUCCAUAAUGCUGUACAGGCAAAACAGAAGGACAAGCAGGCUGUGGGCCAACUAGAAAAGAGGCUCAAAGCGGAGCAGGAAGCUCGCACCACUGCUGAGAAACAGCUCGCAGAUGAAAAAAAGCGUAAAAAACUCGAGGAGGCUACGGCAGCCAGGGCAGUAGCCCUAGCGGCAGCUUCCAGAGGAGAAUGCACAGACACACUGCGACGGCGGAUCACAGAAUUAGAAACUGAGUGUAAGAAACUAACCCUGGACAACAAGCUUAAGGAAGACCAGAUCCGAGAGCUUGACUUGAAAGUCCAGGAGCUUCAUAAAUACAAGGAGAAUGAAAAAGAUACAGAAGUGCUGAUGUCAGCGCUGUCAGCCAUGCAAGACAAGACCCAACACUUGGAGAACAGCCUUAGUGCAGAAACUAGGAUCAAACUGGACCUCUUUUCUGCACUGGGAGACGCCAAAAGACAGCAAGAAAUCGUGCAAGGUCAGAUGCUUCAAAAAGAUCAAGAAAUAAAAGAUUUGAAACAAAAGAUAGCCGAAGUGAUGGCUGUCAUGCCCAGCAUCUCAUACACUACUGACACCAGCAGCAUGACCCCCGUUGCUCCCCACUACUCCUCAAAGUUCAUGGACACCAACCCUUCCGGCUUAGACCCCAAUGCCUCAGUUUACCAGCCACUCAAAAAGUGA